AUGUCGUUCAGCUUCGGAAACGCAAGCUCUUCCAGCGCGCCCAACAACACGACAUCGACUGCGCCAGCUUCGGGCAGCCUUUUUGGAGCAGCUACAGGAACUCCUAGCUUCUCAUUCGGCUCUAUUGGUGGCUCUGCCAGUAACACCACAACCCCGACCAGCAGCGCAACCAAUAUGUUUGGUCAACAAAGCGGUGCCUCGGCGCCGAAGCCUGCCAGCAAUCUCUUCGGCGGCGGCGCAAACGCGAUCAACACUUCUACCACUCCCUCUUCUGGCGGUAUAUUCGGUGCUGGUGGCUCUACAACUCCUGCAACAGGUGGUCUUUUUGGGGGUGCUUCGUCUACCACGCCAGCGGCUACUUCAGCACCUUCUAGCGGUGGAUUGUUCGGUGGUGGUACCAGCAACUCAACGGCCCCUGCGUCUUCGGGACUGUUUGGAAACAAUGGGACUAAUGCAAACAAGCCAGCCACUGGUCUCUUCGGCGGUGGCAGCUCUUCUACCACUACUAGUAAUGGCGCUGGUCUGUUCGGCCAGAACAAUGCCAACCAGGCAGCGACAGCUACCCCUUCUUCUGCACCCACAAACCUUUUGGGAAACGCUGCCUCUGGGGCCGCAACGCCUGCUAAACCAACUUUCGCUUUACCAUCUACGACUCCAGCAGGGGCACCACCUGCCGACUCUUCGAAGCCUGCUGGUGGAUUAUUUGGGAACACAGGCGCGCAAGCAUCCAGUGGAAACUCUAGUCUAUUCGGCGGAGCGAAACCUGCGAGCACGUCUGCUCCUUCUGCCCAACCCAGCACUACAGCUGCUGCAUCACCCAGCGGUCUCUUCGGGGGUGCGCAGUCCGGAAGCGCUGCUCCUACCGGGGGUCUUUUCGGAGCGAAGCCGGCUUCAGCCUCUACCCCCGCAGCCGGAGGCCUAUUUGGUUCAAAGACUGAAGGGGCUCCGCCUGCUGCGACUUCGCAAGCCGGAAGCACGGCCUCCUUAUUCGGUGCCAAACCUGCAGCUCCAGCGACUACAACUCCAGGCUCGACACCGGCGAGUGGCCUCUUCGGCGGCGGCGCAACAACUUCUGCUGCCUCAGGCGCUUCUGCCACAACAACAGCUGGAGGUUUGUUUGGAAACAAACCUGCAACGACUGCAACUUCUACUGCAGCUCCGGCCACAACUUCAGCAAGCGCUGGCAGUCUUUUUGGCGGCGCCCCCAAGCCAUCUACUGAGUCAUCUACUUCGAAGUCAGCCGGUGGUCUGUUCGGAGCACCUGCAUCCAGUCAACCAGCCGGUUCUGCAGCUACCACAACUGCAACAACUGGUGCAACAACUACUACUACUGCCCCUGCGGUUGGCUCAACUCCUGCUGCUGCCAGCAGCCUGUUUGGUGCGAAGCCUGCCACAGACGCCAGCAAGGAUGCAGCUAAGUCUGCGACUUCCAGUGCCACCCCUGGGGCUCUAGGCGCUUCCACGACUGGCCCAACAUCCCAGAUGGCGCGACUCAAGAACAAAACUAUGGAGGACAUUGUUACACGUUGGGCAUCCGAUCUCUCCAAGUAUCAGAAGGAAUUCAAGGAGCAAGCCACCACUGUGUCGACCUGGGACAGAAGCCUCGUGGAUAACGGUGAGAAGAUUCAGAAGUUGUACUUGGAUACAUUCGAGGCUGAACGAGCCAGCCAUGAAAUCGAGCGACAACUUGCUGCUGUAGAAAGCCAGCAAGAUGAGCUCGAGGCUUGGUUGGACCGAUAUGAGUCUGAGGUUCAGGAUAUGUUUGCGAAACAGCUUGGUCCUGGCGAGCAGUUAGCUGGCCCUGACCAGGAACGGGAACGUACGUACAAGCUUGCGGAGAAGCUGACGCAACAAUUGGACGAAAAGUCGCGUGAUCUCUCCAAGAUGGUCAAGGAAAUCAAUGACAUCUCAGGAACAUUGAACAAGGGUGCAAAGCCUGAGGACCCUCUGAGCCAGAUUGUUCGGGUCCUGAAUGGUCACCUUACACAAUUGCAGUGGAUUGAUGCUAAUGCCUCGUCGCUGCAAGCCAAGGUUGCGGCUGCUCAGAAAUCAAGCAGUAACCUAGGAAGUCAUUAUGCUGGUUCUGAUAACGAUGCGGCAGAGAGCUUUUAUCGUUCUUAUAUGGGUCGACGAUGA